CCGAAGAAGAGACAGAGGGAAGAGACGGAGGGAGAGCCGACAGCCCAGAGUGGACCACAGACACUUCCACAGCUCACUGUACUCUCACUGCUCACUUUCACUCCGCCACAGAACAUCACAACAUGGCUUCAAAGUGCCCCAAGUGUGACAAGACGGUGUAUUUUGCUGAAAAGGUGUCAUCUCUGGGAAAGGACUGGCACAAGCUGUGUCUGAAGUGCGACCGCUGCAACAAACUCCUGAACGCUGGAGGCCACGCUGAGCAUGAUGGAAGGCCAUACUGCCACAAACCAUGCUAUGCUGCCCUCUUUGGGCCAAAAGGUGUGAACAUUGGAGGAGCAGGGUCUUACGUGUAUGACACUCCAGCUAACAACAACCCAAAUCCCACUGCAGUGGAUUCAGCCCCUAAAGCUGAGGAGAAGAAAGUCUUUGCCCCCAAGAUGCCAUCCAAAGCUGGCAGCAUCACCACUUUCUCCGGAGAGGCCAACCUGUGUCCCAGAUGCAACAAGAAGGUUUAUUUUGCGGAGAAGGUGACAUCGCUGGGAAAGGACUGGCAUCGACCAUGCCUGAGGUGUGAGAGGUGCAGCAAGACUCUGUCUGCUGGCAGCCACGCUGAGCAUGAUGGCCAGCCUUACUGCCACAAACCCUGCUAUGCUGUGCUGUUCGGGCCCAAAGGCGUGAACACUGGUGGCGUUGGCAGCUACAUCUAUGACAAGGAGCCCAGUGCAGUGACUGAGCCCUGAACCUGAGCCCCGCCCCCCCAGCCUCAUCCCUCUCCACACCACACUGACCAUGGACCACAGUAUUAUUUGUAGCCUUUCUCCAUCCCCUCAAACCCCAGACUUCCAGCCCUUCUGCUCCAGGUCCACCCCUCAAGUCUCUGCUUUUCUCCUUUAUUCUGCUCUCCCAUCAGCCCCGGAUCAGAUUUAGCGCCGUGAGGAAUGAUUCAUUGAUUCCAAAUGUUGCCUAGACAUGUGUUCUAUGUAUCUGCUGCAGGAGAGUCCUGCCUUAGUCCAUUCACACUGAGUUGUUCUGGAUCCAGUACCUGCGUUCAGGCAUGAUUCAAGUUAUCGUACACUGUCCAUUUAGGGAAUUUCAACCUUGUUUACGCAUUUCAAAUGUAUAUAAACACAUUAAAUGUCAAAUAUUAAGGUCGUAGAUUUCGAUUUUCCUCUGAGAAAAAAGUAUGUUGAGUUUUGAUAAAAGAAAGAUAAAUGAUAAAAAAAGAAAUGGAAAGGUAUGUUGUGGAUUGAGCUGAUCUGUUGACAGCUGGAGGAGUUUCACCUCGGAGGCAGCUGAAUGCACAAAUGGUGCACAUUGCCAAUAAAUUUAGACUGUUCAAAUGCCAUAUUUACACUUUGGCUGCCUGACAACAUUCCUGAUGUGAACAAAAAGUGAGAUUCUGUUAAAAGAGAAAACAGUCCUAACAUAUUGUCUAUAGAUUGUUCCAGGUGGAAACAUGAAUCUGUGAGGCGCCAGAGUCAUGACUUUCAACGCAUCCACCAGACUGUAUCGACACAAGACAGGUUUUAAUGUUCAUCAUGUGUUAGUGAUGUUUUUUAAUAUCCAGGGAGACAUGAACAACACUUUAUAUUAAGGCACUUUAUUUACCAUGUCCUAGCUCCUACUAGUACCAUAUUGACUCAUUAUAAAUCACUCAUUAAUGGCUUCAUCUGCAUGCAUUUUUUUUAAACAAAUAAUGUCAUCAAUGCUUUGAAUAAUAUGAUGAUUCUUGUGCAACCAAACACGUCAAAUAGUGUCUCACCAACUCUAAAUGAAUCAUUUUAAGUGAUAUGUUAGAAUACAUUGGCCAGCGGAAAGUAAGGGCUUACUCUUAACAAAUAUUCUAGUAGUUAGACUCAUUCAUCAGGUUAAUACAUGUAUAUUAAAUGAUAAUUUCACAGUAAUUUGUUAACAGAACUUAACUCAGGAAAAGCCAUGAAAAGAACAAACCCUGUUUGCUAUAUGAAGGUGACUGUGAGGCUGUUUUCAUGGUCAAAGGCAACCAGGACAGUCAGUAACUUCAAAACAGAGUUGGCGUCCAUCAGGAAAGCUCCGAGGGCUAAAGACACAAAGUCCGACACAAACUUCUGCAGACACACUGAAUCUUUAAACCUCGUUCUGUUUAAAUUAUGCAUACUUUGUAUACACAGUAAAGGUUCAGUGUGUGAGAUCUGUGUUCAUGUGCAGGAACUGGCCCUCGGACUCACAUUGGAGGGUACACAUAUACAUAUUAAGAUUGUCAUUUCAUGAGCAAGAACUUCCUGAACUUGCUCUGAACAUGUGGUAAUUCAUGAGUUCUUAAGGGAAAACAAUGAGGCAUUAUAAGUGGUUCAUAAUGAUAAAGAGCUGAUCUGUUACUCAUAUGGAUGUUAAUGCUUCGUAUAAUAGUGAAUAUUUGUGCCUUAAUAUGAAGUGUUAGUGAGAUAUGAUAUGCUAUUAAAUAACCCAAAUAUCUUGUCCCAGCUGUUCUAUGUAAACCUGUUUUUUUUUAACCCUUUCUUUGGAAGAUGCAGAAUGUGAGGGCUGUGAGAAACUUGCCAGUGGACAGUUUGUAUUUAUUAUUUGGUUAGUUUAUGUUCCUCAGUUUUUCAUUAGCCACUGUACUAUUUGGAAAUAAAUAACCCUUCUGUUUUUUUCCGAGAGAUGAAGUGCUAUUUGAAGUAUUAUAUUUUUGCCAUCAGCAAAUGCAAUAGCUUAGCUUGUAGAAACCGAGAGGACGCACUGCAGACAAGUCAUUCUGUAAGAAUGUGCAUUUGUAGUAUUAUUGUCAGACUGUUACUGUGUUUAUAAGCUGUUGUAGACACUGCAGGGCCCACUGUUACUGUAGAAACACUGUCCUGCUGCGUUUGUCUUUGAAUCCCUUCAAUAAAUAUUAAACCAAU